GACUCCUCUUGUCCUGCAUGGGUCCUUUCCGUGCUCUCUUUUCUCUCGGCUCCCGUUUUGUGUGUUGGGGGGAUGGGGCCGUGCCGAGGAUGAGACACUCCAAAUAUUUACCACUUGGCUUAUUAAAUAUCUUCAUUUCUGAACUGGGCUUUCUCAAUUGCUCUUGUUUAUAGAUUUACUUUUCGACCACGUAUGAGUUUAGGUGGAAUUUGGCCACAUUGAAGUGGAGUAUCUACGUCCACGACACACGCUUCAAAAGUCGACAAAAUGUAUUCCUCUGCUGGAGCCUCUGAGAUGCUUGAGGGACCCCGGUCCUCCGGGUCAGCAAGCUCUGAUCCCCCAUCUUCUCCAGUGCCAGAAUAUGUCUUCAAGCCUCCAUCCCGGCCAGACUUUGGCACCAUGGGACGGACAAUCAAGCUCCAAGCCAACUUCUUUGAGAUGGAAAUCCCUAAACUGGAGGUCUACCAUUACGACAUCGACAUCAAGCCUGAGAAAUGUCCUAGGAGGGUGAAUCGUGAGAUUGUGGAGCACAUGGUCCAGCACUUUAAAACUCAAAUCUUUGGAGAUCGAAAGCCGGUGUACGACGGGAGGAAGAAUCUCUACACUGCCAUGCCCUUACCCAUAGGCCGAGACAAGGUGGAGCUUGAGGUAACCAUCCCUGGUGAAGGCAAAGAUCGCAGCUUCAAAGUCUCAAUCAAGUGGGUGUCCUGUGUAAGCCUUCAGGCCCUGCACGAGGCUCUUGCAGGGCGGCUACCCAGCGUCCCCUUUGAGACAGUCCAAGCCUUGGAUGUGGUCAUGAGACAUCUGCCCUCAAUGAGGUACACCCCAGUGGGCCGCUCUUUCUUCACGCCCUCAGAGGGAUGCUCGAAUCCUCUGGGCGGCGGCAGAGAGGUGUGGUUUGGCUUCCACCAAUCUGUCAGGCCUUCCCUUUGGAAAAUGAUGCUCAACAUCGACGUUUCGGCCACCGCGUUCUACAAAGCCCAGCCUGUAAUCGAGUUCAUGUGCGAGGUCUUGGAUUUUAAAAGCAUUGAAGAACAACAGAAGCCUUUAACCGACUCUCAGAGAGUCAAAUUUACAAAAGAAAUCAAAGGCCUGAAGGUGGAGAUCACACACUGCGGCCAGAUGAAGAGGAAGUACCGAGUUUGCAAUGUGACCAGAAGACCAGCCAGCCACCAAACGUUCCCCCUGCAGCAGGAAAACGGCCAAACCAUUGAAUGCACAGUAGCACAGUACUUCAAAGACAAAUACAAGCUCAUCUUGAGAUACCCCCACCUCCCGUGUCUACAGGUGGGACAGGAGCAGAAGCACACCUACCUACCUCUAGAGGUGUGUAACAUAGUGGCAGGACAGCGCUGCAUCAAAAAGCUGACAGACAAUCAGACCUCCACUAUGAUCCGUGCCACAGCUCGAUCAGCACCGGACCGUCAGGAUGAGAUCAGUAAACUGAUGAGAAGUGCCAACUUCAACACUGACCCAUACGUUCGUGAGUUUGGAGUGAUGGUGAGGGAUGAGAUGACGGAAGUAAACGGCCGAGUCCUUCAAGCACCUUCAAUUCUGUACGGAGGCAGGAACAAAGCAAUAGCCACACCGAUCCAGGGAGUCUGGGACAUGAGAAACAAGCAGUUCCACACUGGCAUUGAGAUCAAAGUGUGGGCCAUCGCCUGCUUCGCACCACAGAGACAGUGCACUGAACUCCUGCUCAAAGCGUUCACAGAUCAGCUUCGAAAGAUCUCAAGGGAUGCAGGGAUGCCCAUCCAGGGUCAGCCUUGCUUCUGUAAAUACGCCCAGGGAGCAGACAGUGUGGAGCCUAUGUUCAGGCAUCUCAAGUACACCUACCAGGGCCUGCAGCUGGUGGUCGUCAUCCUCCCGGGGAAGACGCCCGUCUACGCUGAGGUGAAACGUGUUGGAGACACAGUACUUGGCAUGGCCACCCAGUGUGUGCAGGUGAAGAACGUUCAAAAAACAACCCCUCAGACCCUCUCCAACCUGUGUCUGAAGAUUAACGUCAAGCUGGGCGGGGUCAAUAACAUCCUCCUCCCACAGGGCAGGCCGUUGGUGUUCCAGCAGCCUGUGAUUUUCCUGGGUGCAGAUGUGACUCAUCCUCCUGCUGGAGAUGGGAAAAAGCCUUCAAUCGCUGCUGUCGUUGGUAGUAUGGAUGCCCAUCCCAGCAGAUAUUGCGCAACAGUCCGGGUGCAGCAGCACCGCCAGGACAUCAUCCAGGACCUGGCUGCCAUGGUGAGGGAGCUUCUCAUCCAGUUCUAUAAGUCGACCCGCUUCAAGCCCACCAGAAUCAUCUACUACCGUGACGGCAUUUCCGAGGGCCAAUUCAACCAGGUCCUUCAGCAUGAGUUACUAGCUAUCCGCGAGGCCUGCAUCAAACUGGAGAAAGACUACCAGCCCGGUAUCACCUUUGUGGUGGUGCAGAAGAGACACCACACCAGACUGUUCUGCAUGGACCGAAACGAGAGGGUUGGGAAGAGUGGCAACAUUCCUGCAGGUACCACAGUGGACACCAAAAUCACCCACCCAUCAGAGUUUGACUUCUACCUUUGCAGUCACGCUGGCAUUCAGGGUACCAGCCGGCCGUCUCACUACCAUGUGCUCUGGGACGACAACCACUUCUCCUCAGACGAACUGCAGGUCCUUACGUACCAGCUAUGUCACACAUAUGUGCGUUGUACCCGGUCAGUCUCCAUCCCAGCACCAGCUUACUACGCUCAUUUGGUGGCUUUUCGGGCUCGCUAUCACUUGGUGGACAAAGAGCAUGACAGUGCUGAGGGCAGCCAUACGUCAGGCCAGAGUAAUGGGCGGGACCAACAGGCCUUGGCCAAGGCCGUCCAGAUCCACCAGGACACUCUGCGCACCAUGUACUUUGCCUGAGAGCGCACAACCCCAGGUUGGCGUGGGUGACAUCCCACUGAUGAAACACACUACCCCUUGCUGUCUCACCGUCAGCUGUAGAUAGUUCACAGUGGUGAUCUCCCUCAUAAGAGACCUGUCAGUCACCAAUAUGUCUACAAUUGUACUUCAGCCCCCGACUCACCCAAACAAAGCCAGCUGUUAGACUGUAAGACGCAUAAUGAUCCCUCUUUUCUCGAGGUUUGAGCUGGAAGAGGUGUUCUUUACAUGUUGUGCAUUAGUGUGUGUUUUUAUUUGUCGUAGGGAAUUAUGUUGCAAAAUAUGGACGCAAAAGUAUGUACACUGACGGAAGAAAUCAUUUCUAAACUAGAGGACAGUAUCAUUCUACACUCGGGUGAUUAAUAAUUCAGAAGUUCACCCUCCUCCUCCUGUCUCCAUUGCUUGUUGGGGCAUCGGUGCUUGAAGGGAGAAGGAUCAAAUUUAUCAAAAGAUUAGGGGUCUGUUUGCUGUUUAAAUGCCUAUUGAUUUACUCCUCUGACAAACAUUAUUUAACAGCCAAUCAAAGCAAAGUGCACUGACCAGAAUGGGUACUUCAAUCAGGACUUUAAGUACUUAAUAUGUUGAGGCUUGUGUGUGAUUUUUCACAUAGGGCACUAUGUGAUGAGAAGUGCCAUUUGAGACCACCUUUCUGUCGUCUUUUCUGUGUAAAACUAUGAAUUAUUAUUCCCACGUCUGCUGGGGUUUUCAGUAUUUGUCCUUGAUUGACAGUGAUGACCGUUUAAUGCCAAAUCUGGUGAUAACAUACUAAAGGAUUCUCCGCAUCAGAUUUAUCAUCUACCCUUGAACCAACACUUUCGUUUAUUCCCGAAGCUUUCAGUGCUCAGAUAAAGAUUGAAAAACAGCGAUAUUAUUCUACUCUGCCUCUCCUGUUAGUCUGAACUGAAAGAGCUGCAUCAGUAAUCUAAUUCCAAUCUGCAGAAAUAUUUAAUUGGGACUGGUUCCCAACAAGGACACCUUUCUAAUGUACUCUGAGCCAUGUUGAGAAAAAGACACAUGAUGUAGAAAUCAACAUAGAGGGGAACUUGAUGAAAUCCCCCCCCCCCCCCCCCCCCCCCCCCACCCUCCGUCUGUUUUUAUUGUCUAAUUUAAUUUCAAUCAAUUCUUUGUAGUGAAUAUGCAUGUAGCUGACUCAUGUUUUAGACAUAUAGGCAUUUUUGUGAUAUUCGUUUUAUUUCCUCCUUUAUAUACAUUAACCCUUCUUUUAUGUUUUAAUGUAAAUAGCAGCAGAAUAGUGUUUUCUGCAGUGCUUUAGUCUGAGCGGGAUAUUUCUGUGGCGCUCGGUAUCCAGGCGUUCGGUACAGCGGAGUGAAAGCUGCAACAUUUUUAGAGUUUAACUGAUUGAAAUUCCCUCAAAACAACAAAAAAAACUGUGUUUGCUCCACAAGUUUGGAGCAGUCGUCGCACAAAAGCUUGGGUUUUAUGCAAAUGACUUUUUGUGAGUCUUUAUUCUAUAUAGUAAAGUUGGUAAUGAGGUAUAUUUUGAAUAAGCUUUCAGCGGAGGCUGCUGAAAUAUAAUAGAGAUUUUUUUUAAAUGACCGGCCCACAUGUAGUCUAAAUUAACACUGUCUAUUUGUAUACAGAUUUUAAAUGCAAAUACUCUCUUGCCUUCUAAGACUGUUACAGUCUUACCAAUAAUACUAGACAUUUCCUAACAUCCCACAUACGUUUUACUACUAAGUUAAGCUGGCGAAUGUUCUCGUAGUCUAGAUUGGAGGCGAGUAGUCUACAUUUUCUAACUAUGCAUCAUUUUUAACCAAGAGAUUUAGCAGUGAGGGCAUCUCACAUGAAUUUGGGUCAUUCCUAGAGGUAGAUAAUCAGGGCUUUUAUUUUGUUUUUGUUUUUUAGCAUGUUGCAUUUUGUAGUGUUUCUUAGUGCGUUUCAGCAUCUUCAUGCCUUUCUUACGGGAUGAAGUAUUUAUGUGGUCAUUUGUAACCGUGUAGAUUUUAUAGCCUGAAAAUUGGGUGUAUCCUUUGUAACACGCAAUCUUUCUUAGCCAAACAAGAUUACAAAUUUUUACAUGAUUAAUAUUCAAAAGACACGUAAGCACAAAAACAAAAGGACAUCUUGAUUCUAGGUGCUAGAAGUUUUCACUGUAAACCACCUUAAAUCCUCACUGGACUGGUCAACAAGGCUUUUGACAUUAUGUACGUUUAAAAAGAUGCUUCAUCAUGUCGAGGAUCUUUUGUCUCCCUCUGACGACCUCUCUGUGUUACCCUUUUUAUUCAUUAUUACCUGUAAAGCAAAUAGAAAUCCGACUGACUGUGUUUGUGGGGCAUUCUGAAAAAAAAAAAUCAUGUACUUGAUAUUUACUGUUAUGAUGUCAAUAUUGUUCUUAUCGGUGCUGGUCUCACAACAUGUAAAAUUUGGAUGCACUUUUGAUAGCAGAGCCUCGGUGCGACUUCUACGUACGGAUCGCGGCGGGGGGGCUCAGCCAUAUUGCGUGACACUGGUGUAAUUGUACGGAAAUGGCCGCGUGUUCUACCUCUUGUUACCUGUUAAAGUGUUAUGGUAACAUCACACUGCGAGCCAUUUCUGCAUAAUUACCCCUGCUAUCUAUCAAAUUGGCAUUUUUUUGGAGUCUUGCAUUGACAGUAGAGGUUUGAAACGCUUGGUGUGCAUGAUGCUAUAUGCGCUUUCUCAGUUUAUGUAGGUGUGUAUUUUCCCAUAGUUGAACUCAAACUGAUAAGAGAGAAUGUGUCUUCUUUUUUUUUGUCCUUCUUGAGCGUUGAGCUGUACGACCAAACUCUUGACGUGUGUUUGUAGUCACACGCAGCUUUCCCUUCUUUCUUUCCAUUUAUUCUAUGCACCAUUGAAAUGACAGACACCAACUAAUGCAAAGCCCACACAAGGUUUGAUCAAUGUUUUUCCUUAGCCUGGACAAAUUGUAAAUUAACCCCUGUGGUGCUGACUGUUAAAGUUACUUGAAAGCUGACAAAAGUACAAAGAGCACAGGAUGAAAACCAUGUUAAAAUAUGCUCAUGUAAAGAUGAGCAGGCCUUUAACCAGUGAAACUUCACCACAGGACAUUGUAUUUCAAUCAUCCAAUCAUGUACCGACAAAUGUCAUCCAAGUGCGACAGGACCAGAACGAAAGAUGUUGUUUGAUGGAGGCUGGUGUCAGGUGGAUCGCCGGUGUUGGUCUGUGAUUGGCAGUGUGAAUGUCCUCAGAGAAACGCCUGCCAUAUUGUGUAAAGAGUGGGGAAGGUUAACAAGUGUCCUAAAUAAUAAUGUGCUGAAAUUCAUCAUCGUUUGAUGAGAUGGCGUUUUAUUUGUUGUUACUGCUUCUGUUUGUGUUUGAAAUGACCUUUACCAGCACCUUAAAACAGCAGAUCAGAAUGGCAUUGCUUCUUUUUCCCGGAAAAUAAAACCCCAAACAUUUGAUGAUGUUUUUGCACUAAACAAGAAUGGACUUCUGUAGCUGUUUCGGCAUUAAGAGUGUUCAUCAGGUGGCAGACGGGCAGCCUCUUUGUUUGGAUCUAGACGUUGGCUUUUCAGACUACACUGAUGGGACACAGCCAACGGGCCUGAGAGCCUCUGUGUGCGAGUCUACCGGUCCAACCAGCAUUCAGCAUUUCAUCUUUUGAGAAAUAUCCUUCUGCCUUUUUAAAUGUUAACAUAGGAGUGAAGCUUGUGGACGGGUUGCCUUUUUGUACAGUGAGGUGAGAGAAAGGUGCUUUAUGCAAAACUGACGUGUCGAAAAGACACGAUUUCUGAGGAGACAUGAAUGCCAAAGUGCUGAGUGAAGACUUAUGUAUGUGUGUUUUAAAGGAAGGCCUCUGUCUAUAUGAGUAUCACUAGACUAUACAUAUCAAUAUUCAGACAUCUGCUUGAUCAAGAAGUCAAGAAUGUGUACGCAACAAAAACGACUACACCAGCCUGAAUGAUUGUGGCGCUGUUUCACAAAUUUAAUGGUGCCCCAGGUGCUCAGUUUGGAACUCAAAACAGCUGCACUGGUAAUGAUCUCACAGGAUCUUUUGUCUCAUGUUUCACCUCAGUUUGGCUGACUAUCUUUUAAAGCGGCGAAAGCCAAGGCACACAGCUGGUUUUUAAACAUACACAUAUCAUAAGCUAAUUGAAUUGACAAGUCAGUAUGUAUUUUUUUCAUGUGUAACUUUGCUUACAUUUCUGGUUUCAAAAGGCUGAAAUGAAAUUCCUCCUAAGUUGUAACGAUCAGCGUUUUUUACAUUUCUUGUUCGUGAGGAUUAAAAUAAAGUCUGUUUUUAGAUGAAGCAGCAACUCGUACAUUGAUUCCUUCUAAAACGUUUCCUCUGUAAAGUAUCUUUCCGCCUCUCAUCCGUCUCUUGUAGAGAAUCUGUUGCUAAUAUAAAGAGACCUCUUGUAGAGUAGAACCUAUUUUCCUAGCUCCAAAUAAUAACAAUGAAUGUACUCAGAGCCUGCGUGGUUUGUAAUAUUGUAUAGGCUAUCCAUCCAGUACAUUUAUACUUUGCUUCUUGUGUACAGCCUUUUUAUUUUUCCGUGUUUUAUCCUAUUUAUAGGCUUUAAUAAUUGCAGAAAGUAUUACGUUUUCUUCUUUGAUAUUUCCUGGAUUUAGAUAUCACCCACAUCACCGCUGAUACAUUCAUGUUUUCACUGAUCCACAGGAGGUAUAAACCGAGUAUACAGUUGCGACGUCUUUCUCUGGAUGUUGGCUACUGUAGUUGUAGUUGACUAACAUUUCACACUGGUGCAAAGAGUUGUCAUCUUGUAUGUUCUGGAGUCAUGAUUGUGUGAGGUGCUGUAACAUAAGAGCUCUGAGUGUGUGUGUGUGUGUGAGUGUGAGUGUGUGUGUGCGUGUGCGUGUAUAUUUGAUUGUUGCUUUGGUGUGUGUUUGCUGUUAGUUUUUGGCUUCUGCUUAAGCCCUCAGUCAUAUAUUCCUCUGAUGUCACAGAGUUGUCCUGUAAAAUCCCCAAAAUCCUCCCAGAGCGCAGUGCCACUUGAAAGCUAACAAGCUAAGGUUUUUUAUCCGGGUAUUGUUUUGUUCCUUACUUUUGGUGAUUGUGUGACAACGCAGAUGUUUUUUUAAAGAUAUUCAAGAUACCUUUUGUUAAUUUCAAGGCACUCAGCCAGCUUCAGCAAGAAUUAUUUUCUCUUCCUGUUUUUAGAAGAAACUUUUUGAAGCAUCACUUUGUCCUUGACAGUCAUUCUUUAUCAUGUUCACAAACUUACCUGUAGCCAUUUAACACCGGAGCAGUGCACACAAGGUCUCAGCAGUUAAAGCAAAAUCUGAAUCAGUUAGUAAAGAUUUGAACCUGGUGUUGACCUUACCAUAGCUCCUUUUGUCCACUGAACAGUCGUGUUGAGCCUUUUGUUUUAAAAGAGAGAUUUAGAAAACGUCUUAAGGAAAUCUCUCCGUGUGUUAAAGCAGUCCUUUGGCAGACAAAUUUCCAUUGUUGUUUCGAGUUGGUGCGCCGACUGUUUUCGCUAUACUAGCAGUGCGACUAUGCAGAGGGUAACUUUGAUCUGACCCUAGAUAUCUCAAAAACUCUAUGGAUUGCCAUAAAACUCUCUUCAAACAUUGUUCCCAAAAGAACAGAUCCCAAUGACCUAGUAGGGAUCUCCCAAUCAGCUUUUUUGGGUCCUGUUGGAUCCAGUUUUUCUCAAGGAUAUUUGUCCUUCCUUUUAAAGUCCAGAGUUUGUUGCUUUGGCGCAGCAACCUUUUCCUCCGUUGCUUUAGUGAACACGCUGUAUUCUGAGCAUGUUUAUAUUUCAGUUGUCCCAUUGGUCGGUAGCCAAGCGUUCUAGGUUUGUAUAACUGUAUAUAUUAAUGAAAAUAAUAAUAAACGGGACAUCAAUGUGGAACUCCUACCAUGGCUUAAACUUUAUAUCAUAAACAUGUUCACAGCCAGCCAUAUUACAGCAACAAUAACUGCUUCACAGCAGCCUACGGUAACUCUCUAGGGACAUAUGGUUCAAAAGGCAAAGACACUCGCCAAACACAAGGCGAUCUGUUACAUUAGUAUUGAACGCAGCUCUACUGCUACCACCUCACAAAAUGAUUGUUUAUAUUGCACGUGGCUGUUGGACUAUUUUCACUUUCUAGUUUGAAAUAUUGCCACACUGCUGAUAUUCUAGCUACUGGGUUGCUAAAGUUACCAAGUUACUUAGUUACUAAGCUAAGUUACUGGUGCGCUAACUUUCUGCAGCAAAUUGUACUCAUUUUAGAACAGCUGAAGUAAAUGAUUUGGAUGAGAUGAUCGGCUCAAAAUUGCAACAAUAUGAACUUGUGUAUUCACGAAUGAAGUCAGACUUCAAGAGCAUUAUCUGCUCUAACGAAACUGACCCCGACAUUUAAGAUUAGCUGAGCAAAGAGAUCCAACAUCAUCGUUGAUUGGAACAAGUAGUUUCUGACUGCUGUGACUGAACCAGACAGCGACGUAGCUUCCUUCAGUGGACAUAAGAAGUGGAAUUAGGUUCUGUAGUAAAUGUAAUGCUGACUGUGGAGAACUGUUACCGAGCUUCACCAAACCAAACCAAGGCCAUCCAGCUGAUGUACGUGUAUCCAAUCAUGGAAGGCACAUUGUGGGUAUUUUAUAUUUUAAAAGCAUUUCUAGUCUUCGGCAUGACUUGGCUUCUUAUUUACCAACUUGGAUAAGAAACUACCUCAGAGCAGUGUCAGGUGCUAGCUAAUAUUAGCCCUAAUUUAUAACAAUGGUAACAAAAUCAAAAAUUGUUGUGACCAAACCAAUACAAGCCAAUAUAGUGUAAGAGCACACUGUUCUUUCCUUGAACCUUAAGAAAUGGAAAAACCAAGUCAUCGUGUACGACUGAUUGGUUGCUUUAGUUGGUUACAUUGUAGGGGACCAAAUUUUUGUAAUUGGGGUUAUCAUCAUGUUUCUAUUGACUCAUUAUUUUUCAAAAACAGUCGGCACAAUCCAGGACUGUAAUCAUGACCCAAUCAUUUAUCAGCAAACGUGCCAUCAGAAAUUAAUUUCUUUCCAUAUGACAGUGUUUGAUUAUUGGAGGUAAUACUGGUAUAACUGAGAAGUAUGGUUGAGAUUUGUUGGAAAGGUGUUGUACAGCAAUAACGUUGGUGUGUUGGCUGCGGAUUGUUGGUAAUUUGUUUGUUGAACAUCAGUCUGUCCUUAUAACGCCAGUCCAGAUAUUGCUCAGUGAACAUGUAAGACAUGAAAAAGUUUAUUUUCAUUCUUGGAACCAGUUUGUACUGGAUUGGUUUGACCAGAAAGUUAAUAUAUGUCGUUUUCAUACUGGAUAGAGCCAUUCCACAUGAUCAAAUACCUACAUAUCUUUGCCGUGUCAACCCAAUACUGCAAUAAAACCAUUCGUUCUCAGUUCCUUUCCACUUAUCCUGUAAUAAGCCAGACUCAAUGCCAUUUAUGUUAAGGGUAUAAGAUAACAACUUACAAAGGGAAUAUACACAUUUAAACACACUUUACAACCUAAACUUCAAUGAAAGGUACAUAUGAUGUGUGGCGAAUAACGCCAGUCUGUCGUAACUUUAACUGAAAACAUCCAGCGUGUUCGUACUUCUUUUUAUGUGUGCCUUUUGUCGGAUCUCUCUCUUUUCCAUCUGGUUUGUGAUUCUUUCAAAAGAAAGAUUUGACAAAAAUCUUGUGCGCCACAUAAAAAAAUCGACUUUCCAUUUUUUAAUUAUCAUGCAACCUUGCGUGUAGAUGCUGCAUAGAACGAUCAGUAUUUGUGUUUUGCACUUUCCAAGCAGUCUCAAAUAAAAAAUGGCCCACAUGAGGGCAGAAAGUAAAAAGAAAUAACUGACGAGGUAUUUUAUGCUAUCAAUAGGAAUUAUAAGGAAUAAUAUGACUUUGAAGAGCUUUUCUAAAAAGGUUGAUAUAUCUAUAUAUAUUCAUGAAGUACCUCAUAAGCCUGAUAUAUGCUGCAUUGACUUUUUUUUUCUGUAGUGUACUUCAAAAUGUCCAAUAAAAUUUUAAUUACCCCUUUUUUUUGGGAGGUUUGAAUGUCACUACAGGCUGUGCACACGCCACAACCCGUAAAUAUGAUCGACUUCUGUUGUAACAAAUGAGUUCGUUACACCUUGUGGCCAAAUGAAAAUGUGUCAUUUAUGCAAUUUUUACACAAAUCUCAUCAGUCACUCUCAGUUGUAGCUUCAUCAUAUUUCUGUGCUCUGUCUUUUACUUUUUUUGUGCAUUUUCUGUGUCUGUGUAGCCAAAAAAAAAAUAUCGGGUUUAGUUGACAAAGAAGCCUCCUGCGAGGCUCUGUGGUAUAAAACACGACUGUUGACUCAGGUAUUGUCGUGAAAGGGCUGUAUCUGCUAUACUGCAUCCCCCAUCACUACCACCCCCUCCUCCCCUGCACCUUUGUCUUAAUAUAGCCUUAGAUCUACAUGUGAGGUCCCUAUUUGGCCUUAAAAGUUGAACAAAUUAUGCACUACAAUUUCACAGACUUGACAGAAAAAGCUCCAUUUUUGAUUCAGACACAUUUUUUUGAAGCGUUGCCAUGUUAUCUACCUCCUAUGAAUGUAGGGACUGUCCUGGAAUUGUAGUCCACCGCAAAACUGAAAGAAAAGAAGACAAUCAUCUGUAGAUUCUUGAAAAUGUCAAAUAUCCCCCUUUUCAUCCAAACAUAGAGCUGAUUCCAGGGCACUCCGUUUUUUUCCCUCACUGGCCAUUUUCAUUUUCACUGUUUUUUUAAUUGUAAGCCAUGAUGGAGAAGCAAAGUGACCAAAGUCUCUUUACGAAGGCAGCCCAGCACAGCCGCGUGAAUUCAAACCUCCCUUCAUUUGUGUCAUUUUGAGCUCAGCUCUGAGUUGUUGUUUAUAUAUUUCUCUUUCUCUCUCUUCUUCUCUCUCUCUCUUCUCCCUUAUUUAAACCACGACAUGCCAAAACUGAAUUUGCUGUCAUUCCUGUUCUGGUGAGGGUCUUUAUGUUGCUCAUUUAUAAUUUGUUCACAUCCACUGCUAAGCUCCUUGUUCUUGUUGUUGUAAAGUUGUGAGCUUUGAUUUCUAUUUUUCAUUUCCUGAUUUUUUUUUUUUGUUUGUUAACAACUAUACUUACAGAACACAAGAUAUGCUGUAAACCCUGUUAGGACAUAAUGUGAAUACGUAUCACUUAAUAUAGUUCACUCUUUGGCUUGACUGUAAGUUGCGUUAAUUAAUAAAAAUGUUGAAAAAC